GCCCUCUCCCUCCCUCGCUCCGUUCGUCCCGCCCCGCGCCCCGCGCCGCACCGGCCUUCACUCUGGAGCGGCCCCGGCAGCCGCAGCAGGGGCGGCGGCGGCGGAUCGAAGAGCUCUCCAGGUCGUCCCGGGAGAAGCUGCUGCAGUCCCGGGACAGGAUGUUCUCCAAGUUCACGUCCAUCCUGCAGCACGCCGUGGAGGCGCUUGCACCUUCUCUUCCUUUACAAGAAGAUUUUGUUUAUCACUGGAAGGCAAUUACCCAUUACUACAUAGAGACUUCAGAUGAUAAAGCUCCAGUGACAGAUACAAACAUUCCAUCUCAUCUGGAGCAGAUGCUAGAUAUCUUGAUACAAGAAGAAAAUGAACUAGACUUUGGAGAGACUGGGCCUUGCAUGGAAUAUUUACUUCAUCACAAGAUCUUGGAAACAUUGUACACAUUAGGGAAAGCUGAUUGUCCUCCAGGAAUGAAACAGCAGGUAUUGGCUUUCUAUACCAAACUUUUAGGAAGAAUUCGACAACCACUACUUCCACACAUUAAUGUACACAGACCAGUGCAGAAAUUAAUCAGACUUUGUGGUGAAGUUCUUGCAACUCCAACUGAAAAUGAAGAAAUUCAGUUUCUCUGUAUAGUGUGUGCAAAAUUAAAACAAGAUCCCUACUUGGUCGAUUUUUUUCUUGAGAACAAGUUAAAACCAUUCGCUUCCAAAGGAGAAUCAGAUGUAGUUACAGAGGAUACAUUAAAAGGACAAGAUUCCUUGACAACGGAUACAAGGCAGGCCUCUCUGCCUGAAGACCUCUCUGGUAGUAUUGGAAUGGAGCCAACAGAGAUGGAAGAUGAUCUUCCUCAUCAGCCAGAUGACCUGUCCACAAGAUUGGAUCAGCUAAAUGUUACUUCACUGCCUGAGGCUUCUGCUUCUCGGCCACAUCAGGAUUACAAUUUAGUAAAUUCUUUGCUCAAUCUUACUAGAAGCCCAGAUGGCCGAAUAGCUGUGAAGGCAUGUGAGGGCCUGAUGUUGUUAGUAAGUUUGCCAGAACCUGCAGCUGCCAAAUGCCUUACCCAGAGUACUUGUUUAUGUGAGCUACUGACGGAUAGACUUGCUUCCCUCUAUAAGGCCUUACCUCAAUCAGUGGAUCCCUUAGACAUUGAAACGGUGGAAGCAAUUAACUGGGGCUUGGAUUCAUAUAGUCACAAAGAAGAUGCAUCAGCUUUUCCAGGAAAACGAGCCUUAAUUUCCUUUCUCUCAUGGUUUGAUUACUGUGAUCAGCUAAUUAAAGAAGCACAAAAGUCUGCUGCUGUUGCUCUGGCCAGAGCUGUUCGGGAAAGGUUUUUCAUUGGUGUUAUGGAACCACAGUUAAUGCAAACUUCAGAGAUGGGUAUUCUGACAUCUACCGCUUUGCUCCAUCGCAUUGUUCGGCAAGUAACCUCUGAUGUUUUACUUCAAGAAAUGGUUUCUUUUAUUCUUGGAGAGCAGAGGGAACCAGAAACACUAGCAGAAAUUAACAGACAUCCACUUCGGCAUAGAUUAAUUGAGCACUGUGAUCAUAUAUCUGAUGAGAUUAGCAUUAUGACUUUAAGGAUGUUUGAGCAUCUAUUACAAAAACCCAAUGAGCACAUUCUUUAUAACUUGGUUCUGAGAAAUCUUGAAGAAAGAAACUACACAGAAUAUAAACCUUUAUGCCCAGAAGAUAAAGAUGUGGUGGAGAAUGGAUUAAUAGCAGGAGCAGUGGAUUUGGAAGAAGAUCCAUUAUUUACUGAUCUUUCACCAGAAAACACUUUGUCAAAUCAAGAGUGGCUUAGUUCUUCACCACCUACUACUCCAGAACAUCCCAAAAAUGAUGGAAAAACUGAAGUCCAUAAAAUUGUAAAUAGUUUUCUCUGUCUGGUACCCGAUGAAGCAAAAUCAUCCUACCAGGUAGAGGGCACAGGUUAUGACACCUACCUCAGAGAUGCUCAUAGGCAGUUCCGGGACUACUGUUCUAUCUGCUUAAGAUGGGAGUGGCCUGGGUCUCCAAAAGCAUUGGAAAAGUGCAAUUUAGAAGCAGCUUUCUUUGAGGGUCAUUUCUUGAAAGUUUUGUUUGACAGAAUGGGAAGGAUUCUUGAUCAGCCAUAUGAUGUAAAUUUACAAGUAACAUCAGUGUUAUCCAGACUUUCUCUUUUCCCUCAUCCUCAUAUACAUGAGUACCUUUUGGAUCCAUAUGUGAAUCUGGCUUCUGGCUGUAGAUCACUUUUUUCUGUUAUUGUCAGGGUUGUUGGAGACCUUAUGGUCCGAAUCCAGCGGAUUCCAGAUUUCACUCCCAAACUUCUGCUGGUCAGAAAACGACUACUUGGUUUGGAACCUGAAGGCCCAAUGAUUGACCACAUGACAUUACUAGAGGGUGUGAUUGUGCUAGAAGAGUUCUGUAAGGAACUGGCAGCAAUUGCAUUUGUGAAGUAUCACACUUCAUCAACACCAUGAGGAACAUCUUAAUGGUAGCCUCCAUGUCACCCAGGCAAGAAAGGAUGAAGCCUUAAACUGGCCAGAACCAUGGAGGACAUAACGGAAUGGACAUUCUUGAUAACAGGUGUACAGUUUUGGACAUUGUCUUUAUUGUAAUGGCUCUGUAUAUAAUUGCACGUCAUUGAACCCAGGAUGCAAUCAAAGAAACUUCAGGAAACAAACAUUUCUAAAGACUGUUUCAAAAGCUGUAAAAAUUUCUGAUGUCAUAACUUUGAUGAUCUUGUCUUAUUUUAAUAUCAUUUUAGGUAGUGAGGCUUUUUGACACUCUGAAGCUCAGUGCAUAUGUUCUUUUGGAUUGAUAUGUAGCGAAGAAAAUCACUGGUUUUUGUAACUUUUUGAUGUCAGAAUUCUUAGCAAACAAAACAUGAAAGGAAAGUGGAAAUCAGAAAAUGCUAUAAAAAGAAAACUUCAUUGAAUACAGAAAAAAGGUAGGGAAAAGCAGAAUGUGAUAACAGAAGAUAAGAAUUUUUAAAACAAAUUAGCUUCAAUCUUUUAUAAGAAAAAGAAUAAUUUAGUACAGUGAAGAAAUUCUUGAUUCAUGUACUUGAUAUUUAAUCAAUUACACAUUUUUCAAAAUAUUAUUUUAAUCUCACUUAGCAGUGUUAAGAAUUUAUUUCAUAUGUUGGUCCCAAUUUAUUUAAACUAUCAUAUUUGCCACUGUUUGCUAAAACAGUAUUUUUUUAAGAAGCUUAUUUAACACAAAUUGGGUUAAGAACAUUUUGUGCCUUGGCAAUGUAUUUUGUGAUUUUUAUUAUCCUGUUGAAUUUCAUGGUAGUUUCCCAGCAAGGAACUGACUGAUACCACUUUAGUAAGCAGCAAUCAGAAUGCCAACAUCCUCAGUGUUUACAUUUUUCUUUAUUGAAGUCUUUCUUGUAUAGGAUUCUAAAAGAUAAAAAAAUCAUAGUCUUUCAAUGUCCUGAUUCUAUUUAAAAGGAUUUUGGUAAAUUGUUGUGUGUAUGUCUGUGUGUAGAAAGAACAUGCUGAAUCUCUUGGAUUCUUCAGUAGCUUAUCCAAAUGGCACGGGUUGUAAGCGCUUCAUGGACAAAGCAGUGUUUGUUGCUGCCACCUAGCCUUUUAAUUUAAUUGAUUUUUUAGUACUCAGAUCAGUUCUUCUAAGUUUGUCUGUUUAGGAGUUUUUUUUGUUGUUAACAUUUUAAAAGUUAAGCAGCUGCACUUUCUUUUUUUUUCAUUACCAGUCCACUUAAAGAUAUUUGGGGGAAAGAAGUUAACUUUAUAGUCAUUUAAAAGGAAUCUAUCACUGCCUCUUUGAGAAGGUAUAUUUACUUAGCACAUAUUUGCAUAUAUGAAGACUGCACUGCCUAUUUGUAGGACCAAAUUAUAAAUCUUUGCAUGUUUAGGUCUUUUGCUUUUAUUCCAUUUUUUCUGUUCUUUUAUGUUUCAUAAAGCUUCUUUUCAUUAUUACAUAAGAACAGAAUAUUAAACAGUUAUGAAUAUUCUUAACAGUAGUAAAUUUACCACCUUUUUAAGAGAAUAUAUGUUCUAAGUAAUUUAGUCCCAAUUUGUAAUGACAUUCCAAAUUUGCAAAGUAAAAUAACAAAAAAAAAAUCAAGUUCCUAAACUGCAGGUAUUAACAUCAUGUGUUGUUUUCUUUAAAAGAUUUUUACAAUGGAGUCUCAUUCAGUCUGCUAUUGUUAUCAGUCAGUUCAUGCAAAGAAUACUGCAUUCUUACUCUAUUGUAGAAGUUGUUUACUUAAUUUGGAUUAUUUAAAAUUUAAUGCAUUAAGGUAAAUUUUGCUUUUUAAUAUUUUCUUAUGUUUGGUAUAUAAUUGUUUAAUGCUUAAGAUGUCACUGUGAUGCUGUUACCUCUCAAGCCAAAUGCUAUUCAUUUCCCACUCUCAGAAAUGGGUGUUCAAGCUCAUCCAUGAAAUCAAGCUAAUAGCUUUAGGACUUGUUUUUGUAAUGGGUGCUGCUUAUGAAACCAUAGUUAUAUUAAUACAGUGAUUCUUCCAAAUAAGUUAACAAUUAAGAUAUGCUUUGCUUUUAUUUUUAAUUUUUUUCUAAUUUUCACAUGCACUUUUCAUGUUUAGGAAGAUAUGAAAAAUCACUUAAUUUUAGAUCUGGAUUUGUCAGUGGAAAGUUGCACUAAAUAGCUAGUUUUUAUUGUUGUUUUGUGUUUAGGGCUCUUUAUUACCUAUCAGUGAGUGUUUAAAUAAAAGGUUGUUAAUAGCUAGUGUUGGACUAAAAAACACUGCUGAGAUAAUUACCUUAAGCAGAUCCCAAAUUGAAUUUUAGCUUUGCUGCCUAUUUGUGUAAAUAUGGGGUGCAAUUUAAAAAAAUUUUUUUUCCACCAGUAUAGUACUGUUUUUAAACCCUAUUGAAAUUUUCAUAGUGAGCAUCAGUCUUAGCCUAUUACCAUUGUAAUGCUCACAUUGUGACUAUGUAUAGUUCUCAUAAUAUAUCUGUCUGUGCAAUAUGGGAGCUGUGAGUUAAUACACAGCUUUUCAGUCUGGUUGUACAUUACUUUAUGUAUAUAUAUAAGGACCAAAAUCCUUAGCUUGCUUACACUGUUGCUAGUGUAAAAAUUGUUACACCUAAUUUUACAGGGCACAAAUUAUAAAAUUACUUCAUAAAUUGGAAAGUUAUUUCCAUAAAUUAUUGUACAAAUUAAAAAAUUACCAUUUAAUUAUGAAGUUCAUAGGCAUUGAAAGAAACUGUAAAAUGCUAACUCACAAAUUACAUGGUGUUUGUAUUUUGGGUUGUAUGAUAAAUCCAGAUAUUUAUGCCAAGGUAAUAAUCCAGUGCUUUAACACAACUGAUAAUCAUUUCAGGCCCUGUAAAAUAGUGUUACUAUAAACUCUUUGUUUGCCUCCUGCCUUGUUUACAUUAAACAGAGGAUAUUCAGCAAAUUUUUUCUAUUGAACUUUGUAUAAAUUGCUGACUUAACAGUGUUACCAUGGUUUGGCAGUCAUGGGGCUAUCCAGUGAAGAAACUAUCCCAAGCAGUGAUCAGAGUACAUACUUUAACUUUUACAAAGAAGAUUGUGAUAAAGUUCAACUUUGUGCUAACCAAUGCAUGCAGGACUAAGAGGGAUAUUCAAAAAAUAAAUUAAUUUAAUUUAAA